CCCUUUCUUCCUUGGUUGGCCGGUUCCCUCAUCUGGCGGCGAAGGUGAGAUCUCGAUCUCGAUUUCAGGUAGAACACUUGACCAGUCGAAUUGAUCAAGUCCAUCAGAAUGCACGGGUUGUUGUUCUUUAUGAGCUUCUGGGCUAAAGCAUAGCCCCUUGUACGGAUUGAGUACGUACAGCAUGCAAGCGGCAACGUUCAAGUGCCUGACGCUCUCGGGCAGCCGGCAUUUUGCAGAUGCAUUGCAACGCGCAGCAAAAUAGGUGCACACUCGGCAGAAUGUCGAGGUGCAUGCACGAAGCGCAUCCGGCCGCUUCCUGAGACGGGUUUUUGUUACUCGACGAUCAGAAACACAUAAUAUGUAUAGGAUCCGAUGGCCCCUUCUACGUCGCUACAAAUCGAAUUUGGCGACGCGGCCGCCGCUUGCUGUCCCCUACAAAACGGGACAACCCAUGCAUGAAACUAGACGGCAUCUUAUUCCGCAGCCGGGGCAGCUUACUCCCGGCAUAUCCGCGUUGGAGUAUUACAAUAGAAGACUCGUAUUGGCCCAGGAAUUGCCUGCAAAAUCAGCUGCGAUUUUGGUGGGGAACCAGGUACAGCAUAGCUCCGGUAGUGUUUUUUAUGAGUUCCAGCAGGACAACGAUCUUUUCUAUUUGACUGGUUGGCUCAGCCCGGAUUCCGUGGUGGUUCUAGAGAAGGUAUCAGACAAGGGAACCGACGAGGACGUUGUUUUGCAUAUGUUCGUGCCCCCCAAAAACGCAGCUGCCGAUCUUUGGGAGGGCGAUAAGAACGGCCUUGAAGGGGCGUACGAUUACUUCAAUGCGGACGAAGUUCAAGAUGUGAACAAAGUGGAGUCGAGCCUCCGCGACAUCAUCAAGAGAAAUGAGUUCAUUUACUACGACAACAAGGGCAAAGGCUCUGCUGGGGGAUUGUCCGCAAAAUUCUCUCUGUUUUUCAAUUUGGGCUCGAGCCCAAGACAUUCGUCCAUCAAAACUCUUCUUGAUUCCUCCAACAAAGUCGUGCGGCCCUUGCAACCAAUCUUGGCACAGCACCGGCUGGUGAAGUCCGAGGCCGAAGUCCGAGUGAUGCACAAGGCAGGGCAGAUUUCCGGAAGAGCCAUCAACACGGCCAUUGCCAAAGUGGGUUCUGAUUCUGCGUUCUCUACCGAGAAAACAUUGGCCAAAUACCUAGAGUAUGCCUUUGUGAGAGGAGGCUGCGAUCUCCAGGCGUAUAUUCCCGUUGUUGCCAGUGGCGAAAAUGCCUUGACGCUUCAUUAUACGCGCAACGACGACUUGCUUUAUCGGGACGAGACGGUGUUUGUCGACGCUGGAGGAAAGUUGGGUGGAUAUUGUGCAGACAUAUCGAGAGCAUGGCCUAAUUCGCCCAGUGGAUUUUCGGACCCGCAGAAAGACAUCUACAACGUGGUGCUUUCCGCCAACAAGGCGUGCAUUGAUCAGUGCCACGAAGACAACGGCCAGUCGCUCCAAAGUCUCCACGAACUAGCCGUCACUACGAUGGUUCAAGGCUUGAGAGACUUGCCAGGCAUGGCCAGCGUCACCCGGACAGACGUGUCUCGGGACUUGUUCCCCCACUACAUCGGCCAUCAUUUGGGUCUUGAUUUGCAUGAUGUGCCCAGCGUAUCACGCAUGACUCGCUUGGUGAAGGGCAAUGUCGUGACCAUCGAGCCUGGCUUGUAUAUCCCGCAAAACGACAAGUGGCCCAAGCAUUACCAGGGCAUUGGCGUGCGUGUGGAAGAUGACAUUGCUGUGGGCAAAAGCAGCAGCGACACCCGCAAUUUGACCAGUGUGUGCGUGAAGGAAGUUGACGAUAUUGAGGCGUUGAUUCGCCGGGGGGAGGUCACCACGCCGCAUGCGUACGACGAGGCUGUGGACCUAGAGUUUUAGUGGACGGUGUGGCCAGGGAGUUUGGACGGCGUUAUAUUGAUGAAGGUGUUGGAAGAUGUGGAUUGAAAUAGCGCACUUGGAAUGGAUACAACGUCCAAUGUAAAUAGCAUAGACCGAGUCGCUCAAAAAGCCAUUCAUACACCACCAGCGGACGAGUGCUAAUAGUGGUAGAUGUCACUGAGUUGCCAGGCCGCUGAUUAUAAAGUCUGGUUCACACCUGCUCAUCUAAACAGUAAAGCAUGGUCAAUGGGGCAUACUGGAUUUUCUGUUGAAAGCUCAUGUACCAAUGUCAACUCACUAGCAAUAUUCGAGCAUGUACACGGGGAUUCUCGCCCAUCGGCACUUUGAGAAAAGCCUUCAAUAAUAUAGCUUGACCGUAAACGAUGCUGC